CUCACAUUUUCUUCUCACACUUCGAGUUUUCGACCUUUACUCUUCCUUCCUCUCUGUUCUGUUUGUGUAUCUGCUUCGCUGUAGAAGAAAAGAAAUUGCAAUGGCUCGCUCAAGCUUAGCGUUCUUGAUGCUAAUGGCGGUGUUGGUAGGUUCCUCAGUGGCACAGUCACCAGCAUCAUCACCUGUAUCUCCCCCAACCAAAUCGCCUGGGGCAACUCCACCUAAUGCGGCAACUCCAGCACCUUCAGUAUCUGCGCCUUCUCCAACCGUUAAUCCUCCAGUAUCUGCUCCUUCUCCAACAGUUAAACCUCCAGUAUCUCCACCGGCUAAUGCACCAUCGCCAGCUACUGUUGACUCCCCUCCAUCUCCUCCUCCUUCUUUGUCUUCUCCGGCUCCCUCUACAACUGCUUUACCUCCUUCCUCAAUCGCUCAAACACCAUCUGAUGCUCCUGCUCCAGCGGAAAACGGUGCCGCUCUGAAUAGAUUUGCCAUUGCUGGAUCUCUGGCUGUCGGUGCAUUGACUGCCGUUUUGGUCCUCUAAAUUAAAUUAUUAUAGAUGCAUUAUAUAUUUUUUUUUCUUGGAUUUUUUAAUAUGUUGCUUAAUUUUUUUCGUUUCUUUAACAAUUCUUUUGUAUUUUUCAACACAGUUGGGUAAUAUUUUAGUACUAUAUUUUUUCAUACA